UACUGAACUAUAAAAGAGACACAAAUAUUAAGUUAGUGUUCUUUAAUCUAGUAUUCCAAAUCAUUCAGUUUGAAUCCAUUAGGUUUUGUGUAUAUUAAAAUGAUUAAUGCUUGUCAGUAUUUUGAUUGUACCAUGAAAAGAGGUAGACAAAUAUUGUAAAAUUAUUAUAUUAAAAUAUUUGUGUUUCUUUCGUUGAUUAUAGUAAUAAGUAACUUUACUAUGAAGGUGUUAACUGACUGACACUGCAAGCUGCAUGUAUUCCAGGCUCAUUGCACUGUGACUAAUAUAGCAAUAACGUCUCUGGACCUUUCAUAUGUUUGUUUGACAAACCAUUCAGCUGUGAUUUAUCGUAUUCAGUGGAACACUCCUGUGUGUGAUAUAUGUCAGAAGUCUGUUAACAUUCAUUGUCAACUCUUGAUAUUUUGUUUCAUAAAUCUGUAACCUUGAGAAAGUUUUAUUUGUCCAACACAUGAAGAACUCUGUCAAACAGAUGUCUUCGAUUAGCAGUAUCACUGAAGAGGUUUUCCUGAGUGGUGUCACUGCUGUUGCUAGCGAGGAUACACUGACUAAACACAACAUCACGCAUAGCUUGAAUCUGGCCCGAGAGUUGCAGGACUUUGAGUACCCGGUCCAUGUGGAAUGUCUGCGCGUGAGUCUGCGCGACGCGAGUGAUGAAGACUUGUAUCCACGCCUGCACGACCUCGUUGACCACAUCCACCAGGUUGUGGGGAGGGGAGGACGCAUCGUGGUGCACUGCGUGGCAGGAAUUAGUCGCUCGGCCAGCGUCUGUAUUGCCUAUCUUGUGAAGCACCAUGAGAUGACUCUCAACGAUGCCUACCAUCAUGUACUGGACAGACGGGAAGUCAUCCACCCCAACAAUGGAUUCUGGCAGAGUCUGGUCCAGUUUGAGGAGGAUAUUCGUGGAAGUAACAGUGUACAGUUGAUGCCAUUUGUCCUGGGAAUGGUCCCCAGUGUGUAUGAACAGGACACAGAGUUGUGCAUCAAGCGAUACUGGAUGGACGAGUUGUGUUUGAUGUUUCUCUUUCAUUUACUUGUACUUACAGUACAGACUGCAGCUUUUUUCUUUAUGUAGCAAAAGCAUAUAAAUGUCCUCUGUGUGUAAACAUAUAAAUGUUUUUGAUUAUA